GUCUUUUCUUGUCCUUAGACAAGGCUGACCGAGGAGUUUGGGAGUCCCCAAGGUAUUUCAAGUGAAUGACUUUUUCUCUUCAGCAUUGAAAGAAUCUGCUCACGAAAAUGGCAUCCUGGUUGUACGAAUGUCUUUGUGAAGCCGAACUUGCACAGUAUUAUCCUCAUUUUACUGCGCUAGGCCUUCAGAAAAUAGACGAAUUAGCCAAGGUUACAAUGAAGGACUACUCUACAUUGGGAGUCCAUGACAUGAAUGAUCGCAAACGUCUCUUUCAACUUAUCAAAAUUAUCAAGAUUAUGCAGGAAGAAGAUAAAGCAAUCAGUAGCUCUGAGCAUCCUCCACAGGCAAGCAGCCUGGACAUCAAGCCUCGGAAAUCCAGGUCUGGCCCUCGCAGGCAACUGCAUUUUGAUUCUCCUGUUGCCACCAAAGACAGAACUGCUAGCAACUGUGGGUUUGAAAUAUGCACUUUAUCAGAUCUCUCAACAAAGGAACAGAAGUUCAGCUGCCUAAAGUUGCUGGAGCACAUGCUGCCAGUGGAUUCCCGGUACCAGACAAAACCAAGAAGUCCCAGUGCCAUGGCCACUGCUUCAUGUAUGCAAGUGGAAAUGAAGACUCCACUCUUUGCAUCAAGUCAUUUUCCUCCAGGACGGGGGGACGGCGAUGUUCCCAUUAUCCAGAGAGUCUCCCAUGUUUCAGGGUAUAACUAUGGAAUCCCUCAUUCUUGUAGCAGACAGAAUACCUCAGAGAAAGAGAAUCCUUGGACUGAAAUGGAAAAAAUCAGAGUUUGUGUUCGAAAGCGACCUCUGGGCAUGAGGGAGGUACGUCGUGGAGAAAUUAAUAUUAUUACUGUGGAAGACAAAGAGACUCUACUUGUGCAUGAGAAGAAAGAAGCCGUUGAUCUCACACAAUAUAUUCUGCAGCAUGUUUUUUAUUUUGAUGAAGUCUUUGGUGAGGCGUGCACCAAUCGAGAUGUAUACAUGAAGACUACUCACCCACUCAUUCAGCAUAUUUUCAAUGGAGGCAAUGCCACUUGCUUUGCAUAUGGACAGACAGGUGCUGGAAAGACCUACACCAUGAUAGGAACUCAUCGGAACCCAGGACUGUAUGCUCUGGCAGCCAGAGAUAUCUUCAGGCAACUGGAAGUGUCCCAGCCACGAAGGCACCUGUUUGUGUGGAUCAGUUUUUAUGAAAUCUACUGUGGACAGCUCUAUGACCUCCUAAAUCUAAGAAAAAGGCUCUUCGCAAGAGAAGAUAGCAAGCACGUGGUACAGAUCGUGGGACUGAGAGAGCUUCAGGUGGAUAGUGUGGAGCUCCUGUUAGAGGUGAUCUUGAAGGGCAGCAAGGAGCGGAGCACUGGGGCCACCGGAGUCAAUGCAGAUUCCUCCCGCUCCCAUGCUAUCAUCCAAAUUCAGAUCAAGGAUUCAGCCAAGAGGACGUUUGGCAGGAUCUCUUUUAUUGACCUGGCUGGCAGUGAAAGAGCAGCAGAUGCUAGGGAUGCAGACCGACAGACCAAGAUGGAAGGUGCAGAAAUAAACCAGAGUCUGCUGGCUCUGAAGGAGUGUAUUCGAGCCCUGGAUCAGGAACACACCCACACUCCCUUCAGGCAAAGCAAGUUAACUCAGGUCCUGAAGGACUCUUUCAUUGGCAAUGCCAAAACCUGCAUGAUCGCCAACAUCUCCCCGAGCCACAUGGCCACCGAGCACACGCUGAACACCUUGCGCUAUGCUGACCGGGUGAAGGAACUGAAGAAAGGCAUUAAGUGCUGUGCUCCAGCCACUGGUCGGAAUCAGGCAUCUGGAAGCGCCUCCCCUAAACGAAUUCAGAAUUCCCCUGGGGCCCUGCCAGGAGACAAGUGUUCUCCCAAAAAAUUCAAGCUAGGACUUCAGCCAUCGCUCACGGUGGCACCUGGCUCCCUGAGAGGGAAGGUCCAGCCUCUGACUGUCCACUCACCCAAUAUCCCGUUGGCGUCUGUGCCCCAGGCUCCUGCUAGAAGGACUGCCGCCAGAGGGAGUCCUCCACAGGGCUGGGCCAUUCAGACUAGCCCUGUCAGAGGAGCCAGGGGUCCUGGACACCUGGGUAAAAAGGCAGAAGAACCAGCACCCUUGUGCUCUGAAAAAAGCCACACAGGCAGCAAGCCUGCGGUUGGGUGGGAAGGCCGGGCCCCUGGCCCUGAGGAAGGCCUGGGACCCAGCCGGCUGGCUACCAAGAGCAAGAAGGUGCAGCCCGUGCAGCCCGUGCAGAAGCAGCUGGUGUCCCGAGGGGAGCUCUCCUUUGGCGACAUCCACCACUUGGCGGAGAACGGGCGAGACCGCAAGGCAGAUGCAGUGGGCAGGCCUGUGUCGGAGGCCUGGACAGACAUUCCCCCACACCAAAAAGACCGGGAGGAGCACCUGCGCAUUUACCACCAGCAGUUUCAGCAGCCGCCUCUCCUCCAGCAGAAGUUAAAGUACCAGCCGCUCGAGAGGCUUUUAUGCCGGUACCGACCCCAAGAAAGCCAGCUCCCAAGGGAGACCUCCCCUCCGUCCUGCUCGUGUCCCGAGAGCCAGGAUGGGGCCCAGGGGGAAGACCUCGACGACAGCGAUUUCAGCGAGGACUCCUUCUCACACGUGUCUGGUCAGAGGAGCACGGCACGAAGAAACGCCCUAGCGAACAGUGAGGACCCCUUCUUCCUUCAUCAGGGGGAGCCGAGGGCUGAGGAGCAGGGGGCCGGGCAGCAGCAAAGCCUGUUUUUCCGCCCCAGGACAGAGGCUGACAGGAAGGAUCUUGAAGGAAGCUGGGUGUGCUCGAGGGAGCCCAGCAGCCCCAGGAGGGCCGAGCUGGCCUACAGCCACAGCCCAAGUCAGCUGCGCUUGGACUGGGGCCAGGAAGACUCCACCUCCCAGGUUCUUUCUCCAGGAGGCCACCUGGCAGAGAAGCCUUACUGCUCACAAGUGGAUUUUGUGUAUCCCCCAGGGAGGAGUGGGGACCCUGCCCUUGAUCUCAGGGAAGACCGCUCACAAUCACUGGAGGACAGUUUCAUGGUCUCGCUGUCUCACAUCGCAGUUCUGGGGUCCCCAGACCAGAGACACACAGCCACCACCCCUUCCCGAGAAGUCCGUGAAGGUGGCCCAGCUCUAGUGACCAGAACUGUGAGAAAUUCUGACCUCUUCCCAGGAGAGGCCUCUGGAGGAGAAUCAGACCUGUGCUCUGAGCAUGCCUCUGGACUGAUGGCUCCCCUCUCUGUGUCCCUCCUGGAGAACCCUGGUGAUGACCACUCUCCUCCCUUGGGACAAGUGCUCCCGUCUGGAGCUGCCUGCACCCGAGUGACAGAGGACACGGGAGGCUCAGUUGUGUCACCUGGUGAUCACGAGGCAGUCCAAACAGUGUCUGCAGCUAACAGGCCCCUGUGGCUCUCCUCAUCUCCCCCCGACGACAAGCCUGGCCCUGGUCUUCCAGCUCUGUCCCCAUCACCCAUCCAUCAGCACCCACCUGACAUUGACACACUGCCCAGCAAGGAGGCUGGCCUGGGAGUGGCUGGCCAGAGCCGAGACCCUGGACUCUUCUCCCAGAACCCCAUGGGGAGUGAGCACUAUGACGCCGACGCCGAGGAGACAGAACUGGGUGGCUCCUGGAGUUCCCCAGGAAAGCCCUUUCCCCACACACACACUGGGAGACCUCACCCUGGGCCUCCAUUCCCCCCGUGGACGGGAAGGACUGAUAUGGCUGACCAGCCCUGGGACCAGGGAAGAAAACAGCUGGCAGGGCGGGGUUGGCAGCAAAUGGAUUUGUCUACAGACCCCAUGAAGUCCUGCUACCAGGACAAACACAGGCCAGCGCCAAGGUGCUUAGCAAGGCCAGAUUCUGCCUUUGUCUCCAGCUGCUCGGCCAAGACUGCAAGGACACUCCAUGAGCCCACUCUGGGGCAAGCACAGCAAGUGGUGAUCCGAGCACACCAGGACCAACUGCAGGCAAUGGCCGAGCUGGGCUGCCAGGAGGAGACCCUGAUGAGCCAGUGCACGUCUCAGGACUUUGAAGAUUUUGUGACCCAGUUGGAUGAAAUCAUGGUUCUGAAGUCCAAGUGCAUCCAGAGUCUGAGGAGCCAGCUGCAGCUUUAUCUGUCUUGCCACAGGUCGGCUACAGCCCCAGAGAGAGCAGCUGUGUCCUAGAGGUUAGGGGUAGUGCAGGAGAACACGCUGGAUUCUUGGGUCAUCCUCACAUAGACCAGAAGCCAUGCCUGGUCCUGUCCUGUCAGCCUUGCCUCAACCACACAGGGCCUUGGACAGGCCCACGGCCUGGGACCAUCUGCAAGACUAUGCUGAAGAACUUCACGCGGCCUCUUCUUAGGACUAGAAGACAGUUUGUCUUCACUUACUGACCAGUUGUUGGUCAGGACACAUUUGGGUCUAGUAACCCAGAUGUUGUUUCUGAGUUUGGGGAUCAGAAGAGGGAGUGGUCUGCUGGAGGUCAGAGGUCCAUUACAAGCUGGGGAAGGCCAUGUACCGAGUCUGGGGCUUCUAUAAACUGAAAAUUGUCUUCCUUCAAGACUGAGCAAAAUACCAGCCCCUUGUUAAGGAGUGCUGGGGACAAGCUGAGCUCUCCCACCAAUUUGGGGGCUUUAAUUUAGCUUUGGAAAACAUCAUAAAAUAAGUAAAUCUUGA